AAUACCGGUUUCGGUCCGGUUUUCGGUUCUUUUUCGGUCCGGUCCAAGUCCCUGUUAAAAACCAAUCGCUAAAUCUCAUAUAAGUCAUUGGUUUUUAACGGUCAUGUGAUAACAACGCGUCCGUGAAUCACGUAUCAUGUGGAUCCAGCCUCACUGCGAUAUUCUGCGCCAAAAAGUGUGUGGCAGCGCAAAUUGCAGGGGUGGUUUUAAUUCGAUACGAUAUAGAUGGUGUAAUGUUUUCGUAUUCAUUCUUGUGUAAUAAAAUCUUCUUUCGUCCGUUUUUAUCAUUAUAAUUUCGAGUUUGCGGCCCGUAGAGUCGUAACAAAAGUAUAAUCCAAAAAUGCCAUCGGGUUUAGCAAGAAAAAGUAAGCAACUUAUUUCUAAUUUGAUUCGUUAUUUAGAACGAGAAAGAGAUCAUUGUGGUCCACACGUAGCAGUACGAAAGGAUUUCUCAACCAUGCCAGGUUGUGCUGCUAUAGAUUGUAGCAACUCUGGCAAAAAGGGAUUUUUAAUGAAAAGGUUCCCGAGAGAUCCUCUUAGAAGAAAGGAGUGGUUGAUUAAAAUGAGAAGGGAUAAAUGGAAACCGACCGAUUAUUCGUGUUUGUGUGAGGUUCAUUUCGCUCCUGAAAUGUGGGAGAAAACUCGCGACGAUGGAACGAGAAAACUAAGAAGUAACGCCGUACCAACUCUUUUUUCGUUUACAUCCUCCACUACCAAAAAUAAAAGGAAAUCCCCAGCUAACAGAAAUACUAUCAUCCAAGACUGCUUUCAAUUUGAAUCGUCAGCAUCUGCUCCUUGUACGUCUGCAUCACCUCAGUCGUCAUUGGAAGCUACCGGGGAAAGUGCACAAAGCCCAGAGAGUGUAGAAGGACUAGUGAAAAGUUGGAGCGGUACCGCAAGUGAGAAAAGCUAGGUAUUACAAAAAAUGCUCAGGAAUAUGAAAAGGAAGAUUAAGGAUUCGGAAGGAAUUAUAAAUAGAAUGUCUGAAUAUGUUUCAUUAUUGCGUGCAAAAAUGCAGUUAAUUUAUUUUAGUUUGUACAUAUGUUAGUUUAAUACAUACUUAGUGAUAUUAUCUGUAUCAUCUACCGCUUCAUAACGAAAGAGAACAGAACUAACAAUCGAGAAAUAAAGUACCUACUUUAGGAUAAAAAACAAUUGUUUCUAAGUGUUCCACGAUCUCACGGACCUCAAAAGUUUCGUUCCGUUUUGCGAAAAGCCGAGCACGUGAUGAAAAUGCGGGUCGUUUUUUGGAUUGGCGAGGUAUUUAAGUAAAAAUUUGGUGGGAGAGCGGGAUUCUUACUAAAAUGUUCGCCGGUCGAGGGCUUUUUUUGAUCGCGUAAUGAUUUUUUAGCCGAACCGUCGGUGCAAAUUUACAUAUUGUGAAUGCAAAAGAUUUGACAGAUCGCGUAAAACUUAAUUAUUGAUUAAAAGUUCGAACCGAAAGCCGUAUAACCGCAGUGUGGGAAGAAUCGUUAUCCUCGCAACCGGACACAGUGGUUACAUUUUUUUCGUUUCGGUGUAUAUUUGGAUUAAAGUGUUCACGUUUAAAUAAAUUGUUGCUACGAAAGCGUUUGGGAUCCAAGGUGCAAAACAUUCCGUUGCGCCAGAUUUGUAGUGGCAAGUUACGUAAAAAACCGAUUUAUUAAUCAAAGUUGUGCAUCGAAUUUGUUUAUAUGAAGUGCAACAAAUUUACGAACAAAACGGCUACCGGUGAAAAUGUUAAAUACUAUUAAUUCAAGCUAUUUAGGUUUUUUUCCCCUUUUAAACUUUCCCCGUUGACGCUUACAUUCUUCCGAUUUAAAAAUCCAAUUAAUUCUCGUCCGAUAACAACUUUUU